AUGCAGGCUGGCAAGGCGGAGGUGGGCUACACCCCCUCCAUCCCGUCGCUAACGCUCAGUGUGGGCUGCUGCUCCAAGCUCCUGUCUCUCUGUCCUCCCUCCCAGCGCUAUGCUGCUGCCUCCUGGUUCCGGGACAACAUCAAGAAGAAGGAAUGCCUUCUCUUUGCAGAAGGCAAAAAGGAAGGGUUCUGUCAGUGUGGCUACCCUAGGUCCCUGCAUGAGGAGGCGGCCCUGAAGCCAGCAGGCGGUGCCGGCCAGUCCUGGGACCGACACCAACACACCCACGAGGUCCCUACCGAUGCCUUCGGGGAGGUGGUCUUCGGGGGUCUGGGUCAGAAGACCAGCAAGUAUGCCCGUGUGUCAAUAGAUACCACCCCUGAGGUGUUGUACAAGCUGCUGACGGAACAGUGGGGACUAACCCCCCCCAACCUGCUGAUCUCGGUGACCGGGGGGGCCAAGAACUUCUACCUGAGGGCCCGCCUCAAGAGCAUGUUCCACAGGGGCCUCAUCAAGGUCGCCAAGACAACAGGGGCGUGGAUAAUGACGGGGGGCAGCCACGCGGGGGUGAUGAAGUACGUGGGCCAGGCGGUCAGGGACCAGGCCCUGAGCAGCAGGUCCACCCACGGCCAGAUGGUGGCCAUCGGGAUGGCCUCCUGGGGGGCCAUUCACAACCGGCAGGCACUGGUGCAGAAGGGGCUCCACCUGGCCAGGUACUCCAUGGACGUGCAGGGCCAGGGCCGGCUGACCUGCCUGGACGACAACCACAGCCACUUCCUUCUGGUGGACGACGGGACCCACGGGCGCUACGGCGUGGAGAUCGAGCUGAGGAGCCGCCUGGAGAAGUUAAUCUCCCAGAAGCCCCUGGGGAACUCAGAGAGCGGUCUGAAGAUCCCGGUGGUGUGUGUGGUUCUGGACGGCGGGCCGGGCACUCUAAACACCAUCUUCAAUGCCAUGCUGAACGGGACCCCCUGUGUGAUCCUGGAGGGCUCCGGGAGGAUUGCGGACGUGAUCGCCCAGGUGGCGGGGUGGCCCCUGGCUCGCGUUACCAUCGCCCUCAUCCACCAGCUCAUGAGCAAGUUCUUCGGCAGCGAGUACAACACCUUCUCUGCCCUGAAGAUCAUAGAAUGGACCAAGAAGAUUCAGGACAUCAUUAGGAUGUCUCACUUGCUGACCGUGUUCAGAAUAAGCGAGGAGCAGCACGGAGAACUGGACGUGGCCAUCCUCCUGGCCCUCCUCAAAGUCUCCAGGAACCAGGAGACGGGGGCCAGGGACAGCUGGCAGAGGCAGCUGGAGCUGGCUGUGGCUUGGAACAGGGUGGACAUCGCGGAGACGGAGAUCUUCACGGAGGAGAGCCAGUGGAAGUCCAGGGACCUGGAGCAGGCCAUGUUCUCCUCCCUGACGGGCCUGAAGCCAGAGUUUGUGCGCCUGCUGCUGGAGAACGGGGUGAGCCUGGGCCGCGUGUUGGCGCAGGACGACGCCCUGUGCGACCUCUACAACCACCUGCCCGGCUGCUUCUUCCUCAGCCAGACGGUGCGCCGCGUGCACAGAGGGGCCCGCAGCGGGCCCCAGGGCCUCUUUGUGCGGGGUCGGGCUGCGCCGGACCACGGUGCCCGGAUCUCCAUGAGCCACGUGUCGGAGGAGGUGCGCCAUCUGCUGGGCAGCUUCACCGAGCACAUCUACCCCUCCAAGGGCGUCAGCAACGAGGGCCGCGACGAAUACUCCAUCACCAUAGAUCCACAGGAGGCGGGCGGGGAGGGUUCCAGCGAGGCCCCCAGGGACCCGGGCACGGACCUGUUCCUCUGGGCCGUGCUCCAGAACAACAGGGAGCUAGCCCAAAUUGGCUGGGAACAGUGUAAAGACUGCAUGUGUGCUGCACUGGCAGCCAGUAAGAUCCUGAAGAAGAUGGCAGAGGAGGUCAAGGAUGCAGAGGAGACGGAACAGAUGAUGGAGCUAGCCAACAUCUAUGAGAAACACGCUAUAGGAGUAUUCAGUGAGUGCCACAGUUGUGAUGAGGAGCGGGCCCAGAAGCUGCUGAUCCGGGUGUCCCCGUCCUGGGGCCGGACUACCUGCAUCAGGCUGGCCCUGGAGGCAGAUGACAAGGGCUUUGUAGCCCACCACGGAGUCCAGAUGCUGCUGACCCAGAUCUGGUGUGGUGAGCUUGCUGUGGAGAAUCCUUUGUGGAGAGUCUUCCUCUCCAUGGUAUUCUUCCCCCUCAUCUUCACCGGCUUCCUAGGCUUCAGACGUGACGAGGUGAUCCAGAGAGAAGCUCAGAGGACGGAGGACAUCAUCACCAUGGAGACGAUGACAGGAAGUGUACGGCGGACCAACGGUAAUACGUUGUAACCCCCCAGCACCAAGCAGCUGCAGCCCCUGAGGGGGUGUUCCCGGUUGGCCAGCCUGUACGGCUCGCCCCUGGUGAAGUUCUACUGGAACAUCCUGUCCUACUUCGGUUUCCUCUUCCUGUUCGCCGUGGUGCUGAUGGUGGACUUCCAGAGCGCCCCCUCCUGGCUGGAGGUGCUGCUCUACAUCUGGCUGGCCACCCUGGUGUGUGAGGAGGUCCGGCAGCUUUUUCAUGACCCUGAUGGGUUUGGAUUCAGCAAAAAGGCCAAGCUCUAUAUCAGUGACCUGUGGAACAUUCUGGACGUGCUGUCCAUUCUUCUCUUCAUCAUCGGCCUCGCCUUUAGGCUAACGACAGAGCUGUUCUACGCGGGGAAGAUCCUCCUCUGCAUCGACUACAUCGUGUUCUGCCUCCGCCUGAUGGCCAUCUUCACCAUCAGCAAGACCCUGGGCCCCAAGAUCAUCAUCGUCAAGAGAAUGGUCAUGGACUUGUUCUUCUUCAUGUUCCUGCUGAGCAUCUGGGUGGUGGCGUACGGCGUGGCCAAGCAGGGCAUCCUGAUCCACAACGAGGGGCGGCUGGACUGGAUCCUCCGGGGGGCCGUGUACGAGCCCUACCUCAUCAUCUUCGGCAACGUCCCCACCAACAUAGACAAUGCGGAGUUCGACAUUGAGUCAUGCACCAUUGACGGCUCCAACCCCCUAAAGCCCAAGUGUCCGCUGCUGAACGACCACCAGAUGCCCGCCUUCCCGCCCUGGCUCACCAUCUUCAUGCUCUGUGUGUACCUGUUGUUCGCCAACAUCCUGCUGCUCAACCUGCUCAUCGCCAUCUUCAACUACACCUUUCAGGUGGUGCACGACAAUACGGACAGCAUCUGGAAGUUCCAGCGGUACGAGCUGAUCAAGGAGUACCACACCCGCCCUGCUGCCCCCCCGCCCCUCAUCCUCUUCUCCCACCUCUACCUCCUUAUCCGUCAGGCUCUGCUAUGCAGGCCGGCGCACAAGAGCAGUGAAUUCAAGGUGGAGCUUCUGCAGGCCGAGGAGGAGGAGCUGCUGUCCUGGGAGGCUCUGAUGAAGGACAACUACCUGCUGUCCACACGACAUGAGCAGAGCCAGAGCAUUGAGCGACGCAUCAAUGACACCGCCCAGAAGGUCAGCACCCUGGCAGAGGGACUGGAACAGGACAGCAGCGCUGCUGCUGUGGCCAAACACCUGGCCCGGCUUGAGGAGCAGGUCUCCCAGUCGAGCAAGGCUCUGCAGUGGAUCAUGGACAGUCUCCAAACCCAGGGCCUCCACGCUGGAGAGGAACCGCCUCAACUCAGAGAGGCUUUUUCCAAAUAUCUUCUCAUGUUUGAUCUGCAAUGUGUCCUUUACUCAUUGCUGCUCGUCUCACCUCCCAUCCCGUCUCUCUUAGCAGCGGAGAGUGAGCCUCCAGGAGCCGGCUCGGGAGAAGGGGAGCGAGAAGAGGCCGGCUUCCACGUCAAAGCCCGGCUCUUCAGCUACCCCGGGGCCAAGGGUCCCCGCUUCCCCGUGCCUGAGGAGAUGGUCCCAUGGGAGGUGACCGCCACCUUCCUCAUCAUCAUGGUGACCUUUGGAUCCUACGACCCUCCGACAUACGACCCGGAGGAGAGCGAGGACUGCCUUGAUGGAUCCCACAGGAAAGCCUUAGAAAAACACAGGAACCCUGGAGGGAGGACCGGCCUCAUUGGCAGGGGGGCCCUCCCCCAGCUGGGGGCCAACCCGGUGCUGGAGCUGGUUCUGACCCGUUGGAGAAACCAGGACCGAUCAGCCUUAGAGUUCCUGGCUGUCUGGGACCAGUUCCAGGAGAGCUGGGCUCUACCUGGGGGGCCUGUGCAGUCAGAAAACCACCUGCCAGCGGCUCUUGAGAAGAUGAUGGGGAAGCAGCUCUACCAGUACAUACAGGAGAAGGUAGAGGAGGGAACUAAGGUGUUUGAAGGCUAUGUAGAUGAUGCCAGGAACACAGACAACUCCUGGGUGGAAGUGACCGUCCUGGCCCUUGAACUGGACAGAACCGGCCCUCUGAUGACCAGCAUCAACCUCAUGGUGGCCCACACCAGGGGGUCCGUGGAGGUGUUGGAGUGGCAGGAGGUGAGUGGCAGGGCUCGUCUGAGUGCCUACCAGAGAGACAGCCUGCUACGCGUGGCAGAGCUGCACCACAGGAAGUUCUAACGCUCCUCGUUUCUGAUUGGCUAGCUGUGGCUUCAGACUCACAGUUACUUUUAUUGUGGAAGUGACUCCUUGAAGUUCUACAGUGCACAGAUUUCAAGCGCCAUAACUUGAGCAUCUUUCCCCUUGUAUGUGCUAAAGCCUGAGAAGGUCUUUAUUUGUUUACUCCACCAGUGCACCAUUACUUUGCUCAUAAGAUAAUCAAAGGAAUGUUGGAACACUUACAGUG